CCCUUGCCCAAAGCCGCCCCCCUCCUCCCGUGUGUGAGUGCGGCCAGCCAGUCCCUAGCCCCACAGGCUCCCGGGCAGCCAUGUUGUGUAGCUGCCAGCCCUGACUCCAGCCCCAUCCCUCUGCCCCCUCCCUCCGCUCUAUCCUCCCUCCUCUCCUUCCUCCCUAGGGAGACUGCGCGGCCCCAGCCCAGACACAGCCGACAUCCUCAAGAGCUGCCCGAGUAACGGAGCUAGCGGGAGGGAGGAGGCGCCUCAGCCCUCGGAGCCCAGGCCUUUCUACAGGCAAGGACCAUCCAUUUGUGUGAGAGAAGAAAGGCAGCCGCGAAAAUGCCGAAACCGAUCAAUGUACGGGUGACCACCAUGGACGCUGAGCUGGAAUUUGCUAUCCAGCCAAAUACAACAGGCAAACAACUGUUUGACCAGGUGGUAAAAACAGUCGGUCUGCGUGAAGUGUGGUUCUUUGGGCUUCAGUAUGUGGAUAGCAAGGGUUACUCUACAUGGCUAAAGCUCAACAAAAAGGUAACACAGCAAGAUGUUCGAAAAGAAAACCCUCUCCAGUUUAAAUUCAGAGCAAAGUUUUUUCCAGAGGACGUGUCGGAAGAGUUAAUCCAAGAGAUCACCCAGAGACUUUUCUUUCUGCAAGUUAAAGAAGCCAUAUUAAAUGAUGAGAUUUACUGCCCUCCUGAGACGGCUGUCUUGCUGGCUUCCUAUGCUGUUCAAGCCAAAUAUGGAGACUACAGCAAAGAGGCCCAUAAACCUGGGUACCUGGCCAAUGACCGACUACUUCCACAGCGCGUUCUGGAACAGCAUAAACUGACAAAAGAACAAUGGGAAGAAAGGAUACAGACUUGGCAUGAGGAACACAGAAGCAUGUUAAGGGAAGACUCUAUGAUGGAAUAUUUAAAGAUUGCGCAGGAUCUGGAGAUGUACGGUGUAAAUUACUUUGAAAUAAAAAACAAAAAGGGAACAGAGCUCUGGCUGGGUGUCGAUGCAUUAGGUCUGAAUAUUUAUGAGCACGAUGACAAGUUGACACCUAAAAUUGGAUUUCCAUGGAGUGAAAUCAGAAACAUUUCAUUCAAUGACAAAAAAUUUGUUAUAAAGCCGAUCGACAAAAAGGCUCCGGACUUUGUCUUUUAUGCACCCCGUCUAAGAAUCAAUAAACGCAUCCUGGCUCUGUGCAUGGGAAACCACGAGCUUUAUAUGAGGAGAAGGAAACCGGACACAAUUGAAGUCCAGCAGAUGAAAGCUCAGGCUAGAGAAGAAAAGCAUCAGAAACAGCUGGAGAGGGCACAGCUAGAAAAUGAAAAGAAGAAAAGAGAAAUAGCAGAGAAGGAGAAAGAGAGAAUAGAACGUGAAAAGGACGAACUUAUCGAACGCCUCCGGCAAAUCGAAGAGCAAACACUAAAAGCCCAGAAAGAGUUAGAAGAACAAACCCGUAAAGCCUUGGAAUUGGAUCAAGAGAGAAAAAGAGCAAAAGAGGAAGCCGAGCGCCUGGAGAAGGAACGGCAAGCUGCGGAGGAAGCCAAGUCUGCCCUGGCAAAGCAAGCUGCCGACCAGAUGAAAAAUCAAGAGCAGCUGGCCGCUGAACUUGCAGAGUUUACAGCCAAAAUUGCCUUACUUGAAGAAGCAAAGAAGAAAAAGGAAGAGGAGGCAUCUGAGUGGCAACACAAAGCAUAUACUGCUCAGGAAGAUUUGGAAAAGACCAAAGAAGAGCUAAAGACUGUAAUGUCAGCUCCUCCUCCUCCCCCACCACCGCAGCUUCUUCCCCCUCCACCUGUCGCCCCCACAGAGAAUGAACAUGACCAUGACGAGCAGGAUGAGAAUAGUGCCGAGGCCAGUGCGGAACUAUCCUCCGAAGGGGUCAUGAACCACAGGAGCGAGGAAGAGCGACUGACAGAAACACAGAAAAAUGAGAGAGUAAAGAAGCAGCUGCAGGCACUGAGUUCAGAGCUGGCUCAAGCAAGAGACGAAACCAAGAAAACACAGAACGAUGUCCUCCAUGCUGAGAACGUGAAGGCUGGGCGAGACAAGUACAAAACGCUGCGCCAGAUAAGACAGGGCAACACAAAACAGCGUAUCGAUGAGUUUGAGGCAAUGUGAGACUCUUGCUGUGCGACACAUUCUACAGUAUGCCGAACCAUCGACCGAAAAAGUAGGCCUUUGCGGAAUUGACGGCACGUGCCCAUCUUGCCAAAGCACUUGUACCAGUCUGACUGUGGAGGUUAGAUCUUAACCGAGACCAUAAAAGAAGAAUUAACGUUGCUUUAGUCCCGGAUUUAGAAUGGGAUUGUUAUUCUUGUAUUUCUGUUGGUGAUGUCUAUUGUUGUCUGGAAGGUAGACAUCAGCUACAAAAAAAGACUUCUAAUUUCAAGCCCACAAUAUGACAUGGCUUGUCUUUAGAUUGUCUGAUUAGUGCAAGGUUUAUAGGGAUUGCAUAUUUAUUUUUUUCCUGUCACAUUUGCAAGUAGGGAUUAUAAUUUUUCUCUGCUCCCUUCUCCAUAUAGAACCAUCCCGGACCGUGCUAUACUGAAGAUGUGUUCCACGCUGUAGCAAUAAACACUCUUUCAGGUUCAUUGUAAAUUUGUAUCAGUCCCAAAGCAGUGAGCAGCAUAUUUACUACCUCGCUUAUACACGACAACUGGCCCUUCACCUUGUAAUAAUAGGUUUUACACACUAUGGCAAGGGCAUCCAACCUUCAUUAAACUACAAUUCCCAGCAUCCACCGGACAGCCGAAGGUUGGACUUAUCUCCUGUCUGGUGUUAUAGGGAAUAUUUUGUAUUUUUUAGUUUUGUUUAAUGUUAUUUUAGUGCUUAUCACUGUUUAUCAGCCUAUAUAUUAGUUUGUAAGUAGCCACAGGUAUAUUAUUUUAUAGACAAAAGAUAAAAAAAUAUAAAUUGCAAUGUAUAAGGGACUCCCAGCACUAUAUACAUUUAUUACAUGUUGCAGUUAUAUUUACCCGUUCCUCUUUAUACCAUUGCUGUUACAAUCCUGAAAGCUUUUUUUUUUUUUUUUUUUUUUUUUGUUACCUCGUUAUAGUGUUAAUUAUAAUAGUUAAUUAUACUUUUUUUUUCAGUUAUGAAGUAUAAUCUUAUUAAUGGGAUUUAUAUCUGUACUAGGAACAAUGUAUGGAAAUGUGUGUCAUUUAGAAUGCUUUCUUUUUUUUGUGAAUCCCAUUUAAAAGGCAAUAUAUGUUAUUUAAUUUCCUGUAGAUACAGACCUUUAUUAGGCUGCUUCCAGCUUCAGAAUUAAGGAAAGAGUCUUCUAGGUAUGCCCAGCUGCAGCACACCAUAAGUCCCGUUAGGGUUCAGCGGGUCAUGUGAUUGCUUAGUGUGCUCUGUUGACCUUAUUGGCAAUUAGCAAAUAUAUAUAUGUUUGGUUUUUUUUUAAUCAUAAUAUCAGAAGUUUUUACACGGCUAAUAUUGUUUGUGUAACCCGAGUAACCCUUUCUGUUUGGCUUGGGCAGAACAGCUGCAGCAGGAAGCAUCUUUUGUCAUUUUUUCUGCUCUGCUCUAUCACUCAGUAUUACAGGAGCUAUAGGACUGAGCAGAGAAGCGUCAGUAGACGCCUAGGCCAAACAGCUCGGGACACAUCAAUGUAAACAAUGUAAAAAAAAAAGAAAAACCUGCUAUUAUGAAAUGCAAACAAAAAAUUGCAAAGUAGCACUCUGAGCAUUGUUACUAUGUUAUACAUAAGGCAUGUAUCCCCUUUAAGAGAUAUUUUAGCUUUUAGAAAGUGACUCCCAUAAGCUAUUUCAGCAUUUUGCCUUGGAAGAAUCAUUGUCGCUCAGGAACUUCCUGGCAAGCAGACUAUUGAAUGUGAAACUGUCUUAAGUGAAAGAAACACCCCGUUCUGCUGUUAUUGAGGUGCAAACUUGGGGUGAUAGCUUUAGCUUUCUGUUGUUCUAGACAAAUUCCGCUUUAUCCAGCUAGGACAAAGCACGGAUUAUGAAACAGGGGGAUAAAAAUCAGACCCUUUUUCCCAUUUAUUUUGUUUAUCCUGCCACACGUGAUCUCCAUUUAGGCUAAAAUAUGUUUUAGUAGCAACACGCACAUUUAAUCCUUAAUCCUUUGCUGUAGAUUUUGCCUCUCACAAACUGUCAUCUGCAUUCUAAGCAACUUUCCAUCAGACAUUCAUUGUAGAUUUUCAGUGGCUUUAAUGUUAUUUGUAAAUGUAAUUGCUAUUGGUAGCACUUUAUAUUUUCUGUACUACUGGUUUCCGACUCCAGAAAUAAAGUAUCAUAAGCCAGCUGACCUAAAAGAGAACUGACAAUAUUUAUGACUGGUACAAGAGUCAGAACCAGGAUAGAAUGUAGAGAAUAGACAUGUACUGAUUUCAAUUACAAAUAAUGUUAAAAACCAUAGGAAAUGUCACCAAUGUAUAUUGGAAAGCUUCUUAAAAUAGCAUUUUCUUUCAUUAUGCAGAAACAGUUUGUGAGUGGAGAUUCCCUUAAUGUGCGCUACGUUCCAAUCCAUGUUGAUGCUGUGACAUUGGCAUCCUGUACCGCUCUGGGAUUGGGUAACUGCUGUACUACUCAUUUCUAGUGGCGAUUGACAGACAGCAAACCAGCCACUCAUAGGCUUUUCCUCUACAUCCCAGAGGGCAGUUCUCUGCCAGAUACUGGGAAUUACAGAAUUACUCUUAAUAUGAUUGAAAGUCGAGGUACAAACAAGGGGAAUGCUCAUUCUCCCACGUAGUUGCCUUGGACAUUGCAUAAAAGGGAAGCUUGUAAGGGAUCAUGCCGCUGAUCUGUUAACCCAUAAGCUGCCAGAAUAGAUCUAAAGUGUCCUUUGAUUGUAUCUGUGCAGUAGGACACUGCCCGGCAUGGGUAGAAUUGAACUAGUAUUUUUGUAACAUGACGACAAGUCUUUUCUCCCAGCAGUCCAUUAGAGAAAGGGUAGAUAGUUACCAUUGCAGAGAGUCAUGAUCCCAGCUGAGCGGGGAAAGCAAGGCUGAAGGCAUAUUCCAUUAGGAUCUCUUAUGUCUAACCUUAUCCCAUGGCAUUUUUGUUUUACAUUAAAAGCUAUGAAUACAACUAUUUUGGACUAUGUUUAACAAUAAAGAUAAAUUGGACAUUU